AUGGCUAUCAAGACAUGUCUUCUCAAGGCUGCCGUCCUUGGGAAAGCGCCCUUCACCUGGGCCCGCGAAAAAAACUUUCAUUUUGAGUAUUCUGGAAACAGGUGUCUUGCUGAUCCGCUAGUCCACCAUGGACAACAUUUUGGGAGGACAAUUCAUGCAUUAUGUAACAUCUGGGCAUUGCUUGCGAAUGGUAUCGCAAGGACGGGUGAAUUCCAUCAGCCAGAUGAAUAUUACAGUUCUGAGGAAAACCAAGAGUAUCUCAUCUAUCGCUCCCUUCUUCGCAUGAUCCCGGGUUUGGAGGACUGUUUGUUGCAAGGUGAUAAGGACAAUAUUGUAUCCAUGGCUGAAAUGAUACAACGAGGCUCUUCUAGUGCUAGAUCUGACGACACUAAAAGCCUCAAAGGCGCUGUCUUAGACUGGAUCACUCCAUGUCGAGAGUCACAUACCCCACCUCUCGCACGCAAUGUAAAAACAGACUGUGGAUUUCAUCAUGAUCAGACAGGUGCAUUGCUCUGUCCCGCUGGUCUUGACUGGUCUGAUCCCGAGGUCAGACUGAAGCUUAAAAAUGGUGAACUACUGAUUUCCGGUGAUCAGUGGCCAGUAUUCCUCUACCAAGACUAUGUAUACAAUCCAGAAGACCCGUGGAAUGGGCUAUCAAGAAGCCUGUUACUUGUUUUGGCGUAUAGACACAUUUUUACGUCGCCCAGUUCAGUCAAUCGGGAACCCAAAGCUACGCAAUCUGGAAACACCCGUAUCCAUGGUAUGACAAAAGUCACACCAGCAUCUAUUGCAUAUGUUGCGACUCAGAUUCUUCCUAACUACUCGUCUGCUUGGCGUCCGCCAUCCAAGAAUAGCGCGCUUGCUAAAAUAAAAGAAUGA